AUGACAAUGAGGAAGAAAAAUUGGAGAACCAAAACCACAUGCGUGAUUCUGUUCGUGCUUGUUCUGGCGUUUCAGAUCAAGUAUUCGUCGAUUGUGAGAUCAAAGCUUACACAUGCACACAAGAAAGCUAAUCCAGUACCAGAAAUAAAGCAGCUAGAAGUUACUGAAUUAGAAUCGAAUCCAAGUGAGCAAUCACCUCCCACAAAAAGACAAAUCAGCUGUGACCGUUCCCAUUAUCAUUAUGACAUUUGCACCAUCCACGUGGCAACAGUGUUGGACCCGACCAUCUCCACUUUCUUCAUCCAACAUCGCACCACCGUUGAUCCAAAUCCAACGGCCAUGAAAAUCCGUCCUUAUCCUCGAAAAUUCGACAGUAUUGCAAUGUCAAGGAUAAAGGAGUUGACCAUAACCUCAGGGGCACCAAUCCCAUCGUGCCACGUCAUGCAUGAAUCCCCGGCCAUGGUAUUCAGUGCGGGAGGGUACACGGGAAACUUCUUCCAUGAAUUCAAUGAUGGGUUUAUCCCUCUCUUUAUCACCCUCAAUUCUUUGUUCCACCGUCAAGAUGAUGGAGAUGUGGUGCUUGUGAUUUCUAAAGCACGUGAUUGGUGGGUUAGUAAGUAUGCAAAUUUACUAGGUCAAUUUAGCAAGCACCCCAUCGUUGACCUUGACAAUGAUAACGCCACCCACUGUUUUCCUUCUGCCACUCUUGGUCUGGUGUCACAUGGAUUUAUGACCAUAAAACCCGAAUUAAUUCCUAACUCAAAGUCACUUCAUCAUUUCCAUGCAUUUUUAAGCAAAGCUUAUGAUGCAAAUAAUGUUCCAUUUAAUUCUCCUCCUCAAAAUGCACGACCACGUUUAGUGUUGGUCAAUCGAUCAAGUGGGGAUGGACGAUUGUUGUUGAACUUGGAAGAAGUAAAAUUGGAGAUAGAAAGAGUUGGUUUUGAUGUUGUUAUGUUUGAGCCAAAACCUUCAACCCCAUUAGACAAAGCAUUUGCACUCAUUGGUUCAAGUCACGCAAUGGUUGGAAUCCAUGGUGCGGCAUUAACACACUUGUUGUUUCUCAAGCCAGGGUCAUUGUUCAUUCAAGUGGUGCCAUUAGGGUUGGAAUUGGUAGCUGAAUUGUGCUUUGGCAAUCCAGCAAGGGGAAUGGGGUUAGAUUAUAGGGAGUAUAAGAUUAGAGUUGAAGAGAGUAGCCUCAUUGAGAAGUAUAGCAAGGAAGAUAUGAUGAUCAAGGAUCCUGUUGCUUUUCUCAGUGGGAAACCGUGGUCAAAAAGCACAAUGGAUAUUUAUUUGAAAGAGCAAAAUGUGAGAUUGGAUUUGGUUAGAUUUAGAAAGUAUUUGAAGAAAGCAUACAACAAGGCAAGGCUAUUUAUCUAA